GAUGAUUGUAGGCGGUUUGUUUGAUAUAAAUACAAGCUUAAAGUGAUGCAGUCAAGAUCUUGCUUCUUAAAGUUGGAACAAUUGUAUUCAAAGAUGAUUCAUACGAAAUAUUUAGCAAUCUUUGCUCUUGUAGCAGUUCUGUUUGACUACACAGAUGGAAACUGUCAUUUCCCUGAGGAGCUGAAAGGAAGCUGGAAAGAACCUAGUGGAGAUGACACUUUGCUACAAUUCACUAGUGAUGAAUUAACUGGUUUUAAGUUAAAUGUUCCUAAACUAUCCCAGUCAGAUUUUGAGUGUAUAAGUUCUCGUGUUGACGGAGACGCAACAAAGUACAUGUUAAGAGCAAGAGACUCUGUCACAGUAUUUGGAGUGAGACCAGCACUUUACAUGUGUGUAGAAAUACAAGAAAAGCAGAAUAUCAAGUACUAUGCCAUCGAAACAAAGAAAGAUCCUAUUUUACAAGACAAGUUGUACGGCACAGCAAUAAAUGAAAUACCAGAUAUAGAAAAGGUCUGCAAUCUGAGUGACCAGGAAGGUAUUGUCAUAUUAAAAGAGUCUGGAAAUGGCCCCAAACAGACAAAAAGAAAAAUUACAAACAUUAAUAGCUUGUUAAGCCAGUUAAGACUAGCUCUUGAAAAGAAAGAUGACAAUUUUGACAUUAAGAAAUAAUUUUUCUGUGAUGAUUUGAUGCCGAUAUGACUUCACUCAGCGAGGAUUUGAUGCCUAAACAUAUAUACUCUUGAUGUCUUAACUUGAUAGUCUGCGAUAACUUAAUAUCAACAGUCUAUACUCUUCGGUGAUUUGAUGCCCAAAACGUAUAUAAUCUUAGAUAAUGUUAUGCCUGAAAGUAUAUUCUCUGCGAUGAUUCAAUACCCACAACAUAUACGUUGCGAUGAUUUGAUACCUAUAGUCAAAACUCUGCGAUUCCUUUAUGCCUAUUGUCUACACUCUGCGAUGAUUUGAUGUCCAUUGUCUACACUUUGUGAUGAUUUUAUGUCCAUAGUCAAUAUUCUGCAAGACUUUCAUACCUAUAGUAUCUUCUAUGUAACUACUUAUAUUAAAUUAUAAUACUUCAUAAUAAAAUUAUAUUUGCCAUAA